ACCCUAACAAUGUGUUAAUUCGUUCCCUGUCCUGUACGGUUUAAACCUCUCGAGAGCAGUCUUAUCAAAACCCAAGUUGGGCUUGAUCCGAACGGAGUUCCUCACGAUCAAUGGCGAGUCAUGAAGAAGCAAAACUCGAAACUUUCCUGCAAUGGCUUCAGGCGAAUGGAGUAGAACUAAGAGGUUGCAAGAUCAAGUACUCUGAUGAAACUAAAGGGUUUGGCAUCUUUUCAUCCAUUGACACUCCUGACGGGGUUCUGCUGGUUGUUCCACUUGACUUGGCAAUAACUCCAAUGAGGGUCUUGCAAGAUCCUCUUCUUGGACCCGAGUGUAGAGCAAUGUUUGAAGAAGGAGAAGUGGAUGACAGAUUCUUGAUGAUUUUAUUCUUAACAGUGGAGCGUCUUCGUAAGGAUUCUUUGUGGAAACCAUACCUUGACAUGCUUCCAACCACUUUUGGUAAUCCGCUUUGGUUUACUGACGAUGAACUUCUGGAGCUGAAAGGGACAUCAUUGUAUCGUGCCACUAAAUUGCAGAAGAAAACUUUGGUUUCGCUAUUUGAGGACAAAGUGAAGGGUUUGGUGGAAAAGCUUCUCUCUGUUGUUGGAGACUCAAAAAGAGCAGUGUGUUUUGAAGAUUUCCUUUGGGCAAAUUCUGUAUUUUGGGCUCGUGCUUUGAACAUUCCCUUCCCACAUUCUUACGUGUUUCCAAAAUUUCAAGAAGAUCAGGAUGGUUGUUGUUCUUCAUUGAAGAACAGUGCUGGGGUUUCAGAUAAUCAUAAACCUGAAGUUGAGGUUUAUGCUAUCAAAAGCAAUGACAAGGCUUCCACAUCAACUGAUACAGUCUGGGUAGAGGGUCUUGUUCCUGGCAUUGACUUUUGCAAUCACGAUAUAAAGGUAGCAGCAACAUGGGAAGUUGAUGGAACUGGCAUUACAACUGGAGUUCCUUUGUCCAUGUACCUGCUUUCUGUUGAACGAACUCUCUUUCAAACUGAGAAAGAGAUAUCCAUCAGCUAUGGAAACAAAGGAAAUGAGGAGCUACUUUACCUGUAUGGAUUUGUCAUUGAGAAUAAUCCAGAUGACUACCUCAUGGUUCAUUAUCCUGUUGAAGCUAUUCCAAAUGUUCCCUUUCCUGAUGCCAAAGGGCAGCUGCUUGAAGCACAGAAGGCUGAACUGCGCUGUCUUUUACCGAAAAGUUUACUGGAUCGUGGGUUUUUUCCAGCUAGCAUCCCAAAUAAUGGGUGCAGUGACAAAUGCAUGACAGAUAAGAUUAGCAACUUCAGUUGGAGUGGUCAGCGCAAAAUGCCAUCUUAUCUAAAUAAGCUUGUCUUUCCUGAGGAAUUUUUAACAGCGCUGAGGACCAUAGCCAUGAAGGAAGAUGAGCUUUUCAAGGUUUCUUCAUUGCUCGAAGAGCUUGUUAGCUCUCAGGGGGAGAGGCAACCGUCAGAUGCAGAGGUUAGAUCAGCAGUAUGGGAGGCUUGUGGUGAUUCUGGGGCAUUGCAAUUGCUUGUUGAUCUUCUUCAUAAGAAGAUAAUGGAUCUUGAAGAGAGUUGCGGAUUGGAGGAUUGUGAUUCUGAAACUCUUGAAGAGCCUAACAGUGCUAUAAGCCUGGAGCAGCACCAAAGUGGAGAGACUGGCGGGUCGAUUCAACACAAGAUGAGUAGAAACAGGUGGUCAAAUAUAGUUUACAGGAGAGGACAGAAGAGGUUGGCUCAUUUAUUCUUGAGGGAAGCAGAGCAUGCUUUGCAAUUAGCUCUGAGCGAGGGGAGUUGAAGAUUGAUAGAUAAAAUUAUUCCCUUUUAUUGAUUUGGGAGAGCUAGUUCCAUCAGAGAUUAUUUGUCGCGCACACAUAUGAUCGAUCUUCUUUCUCUUUCCAGUCAAUACUAUAAUUUUAUCAAUAAUGACCAAAUAUUUUUUGAGAUUGAAUUCUGAUUCUCGAGGUUAGCACAUUUGUGAUGUACUGAGACUGAUUGAUGCUUACACAUUAUUUACAGAUGUUUCUUCCUUUACUCUUAUACAGCUUAGUGAGUGCUUCUUCUACUA